AUGGGCGAGCGCGGGGACGCCCGCGACGCGGGCGCGUCGGGACGCGACGACGACGCGGGCGACGCGAAGCGAGAUGAUGUGCGCGGAGCGGCGGGAUCGGAGGAGCGAUCGUCGAGGAAGAGCCGGCGCUCGAGGCGCGGCAGUGGCCGCAGCCGCUCCAGCGACGGCAGCGGUCGCAGCCGCAGCCGCAGCCGGACGCGCGAUCGCAAGAAGCGCUCCGGCCGAAGCCGCAGCCGCAGCGGGGGCGGCGGGAAGGACCGACGGAGGAAGCGAAGCAAGUCGCGAUCGCGCGAACGCGGCAAACGAAAAAGCCGCAAGACGUCGCGAUCGAAGUCGCGCUCGCGCUCGCGAUCGGGGGGGAAAGACCGCCACCGCGACCGCGACCGCGACCGCGGUCGCAAGGACAGAGACCGGAAGAAGCGCGACAGAGACAGGGACCGAGACCGGGACCGGGACCGCGACAGGGACGCGGACGGGGACGGGGACGGGGACGGGGACGAAUCGAAGAGGGAGAAGAGAGAGCGGAAGAAGGCACCGAUGAGAGGCCCGGACAUGGAAUCCGCGCGCGCGGCGGCGGCGAUGAUGACGCCGGCGUAUCUCGCCAACAUGCAACACAUCAUGUCCGGGCAGCUCAUCCCCGCGCAGGGCUUAAACCAUGAGCGAGGUCUCGUCGUGCAGUCGACGGUCGGGGGGAUAUCCAUGGGCGAUCCGUCCGGCGACGGCGAGGGCUUCGGGUUCGGGUUGCCCGGCACCGUCGGCGGCGCAUCCGCGGCGCCGCUCAUGAAACACGGGCGAUGGAACGCCACGGACGUGGUCGUGGAGUAUCACCGGACGAUGUGGAGAGACGCGACGAAGAACUCGCGGCGGGUGUACGUGCACAACUUGAACACCGCGAUCAUCGGCGUGGACGCGAAGGAUGAGCUCGGGAAGACGCUCCACGACGCGGUGAUGGUCGCGGGCGCGGCGCCGUGGCACGGCGUCGACGGCACGGAGAAGCUGCACCCGAAGCUCGACGCGCCGACGGGAGUCGUCGAGAAGGUGUUCAUCAGCGAUAAGGGGUACUCGUUCGUCGAGGGCACCGCGGUGGAGGACGCGUGCGCGCUGCUCGCGCUGGACGGGAUCGUCGUGAGGGGGAACCUGUUGAAGAUUCGCAGGCCGAAGGAUUACGUCGCGAGCGAGAACCCGCUCGUCGUCGACGGCACGAUGAAGGACGUCAUGAAGCGCACGUUCGAGAAGAUCAUCCGACCGUCCGUCCCGGACACGAACACGAAGAUAUUCCUCGGGAACUUGGGCGACCGAGAGCUGGACGUCCUGGAGCUCAAGGAGAUAAUCGCGUCGUUCGGGAGAGUGCGCGCGAUGCGAGCCGAGACGGACGCGCACGGGCGAAUUAAACGCGGCCGCGCGUGGUUCGAAUAUCUCGACCCCACCGUCGCGCCGCACGCGGUGUCCGGACUGACCGGGGUCAUGGUGAACGGCAGGAGGCUCGUCGCCGCGUUCGCCACCCCGGACGCGCCGGACGUCGGGGACGUGCGCGAGGAGGACGGCGCGUGCGCGUACGAGGUUCCGGCGGCGGCGGAGCCUUUGCUGCGACCGGAGCAACGGGUUCUCGCGUUCGAGAACGUGCUCGCCGCGGGGAUGGACGCGGCCGCGAUGAAGGCCGCGAUCGAGGACGUGAAGCUCGAGUGCGAGUCGUUAGGGAACGUCUUGUCCACGCACGUCGUGGACGUCGACGAGGUGGACGGCGAGGACGGCGGCGGCGGCGGAGAAAACGCGGCGAAGGGGGCGAAAACUAAAACUGCCGACGACGACGACGACGCGGAUGAAAAGCCCGAAGAAGAAGAAGAAGAAGAUAAAGAAGGAGCCGAAGAAGCGGCGGGACCCGUGGACACCUCCGUCUAUCGCGGGGAGGUCUUCGUCGAGUUCGCGCGCGUGGAGACCGCGACGGUGGCGGCGCACAGGUUCCACCGACGCCUCUUCGACGGUCGAAGCGUGAAGAUCGAGUAUUUCCCGAUCGCGGAGUACCAGCGCGCGUUCGCGAAGGGCGUGCCGCCGCGGACGCACGAGGAGCUCCAGGCCGCGGCGAUCAAGGCGCAGGAGAUCGUCGCGAACUUGCGGUCGCACGGACGGUGA